AUGAAAGAGGAAAGAGAAAGGAAGCAACUUCUAAACUGGUCCAGGUUCUUCACAGUGAGAUUGAGAGACUGUUCUAUUCAAUUUUGGAAUCUCAAAGACGUGCAAUGGCGAAAGAUCCGGCGACCCUUCUGCUUCCUCUCUCUCUUUAUCUUCUUCAAUUCUUCUUCCUGUUUUUAUUCACCUCUGCCAGCUAGCAAUCCCAAUGCACAUUAAUUCAUUAAUCAUAAUAAGCAUUACUCUAUGUUAAUUAAUUUUCACUGAUAAAAGACACUUAAUAUAAUACCCCCCAUUGCCUCGAGUCUCUGAGCCACAUUCUUCUCUCCAUAGCCAGCCUUGCAGUAGUUCAAAACUAAACCUCAUAUUUCUGAAAUAAUGGCACUUGCCUUCAAAGGUCCUGGGCCUAAUUAUUUGCUUGAUGAUCAGGGAGAUGGCUCGGACAAAACUAAUCUCAAAAACAUUGCCAUCAGCAAUAAUUCUUCCUCUCCAAGCAGUGGGAAUUCUAAUGGGUUGGUGUUUCAGGCUGAAGCUUAUAAUCACCCUGAGGAGCCUCGUUCUUUGAUAAAUUUCAAGUCCGGGUUUGAUAAUUUCGUGCAUUCAUCUUUGCUUAGCUUUGAGCAAAGUGAGAGAUCCUCAAUCUGGGAAGGUCACUUGAAUCAUAAUACUCAUCAAUGGAAUCAGUUGAAUCCCAAGUACAGCUCUUCUGAUCCUCGCUUGGUGGAGGACUUUAACUGCUUUGACACUGCUAGCAAUUAUGGUGACUGGCUAUACACUGAUGCAACUUCAGUCACUGACUGCAUAUUGGAGUCUGGUUCAUCACAAGAUGCAACCUCCCUUAAGCGUUUGCAUACGGGAGAGAGCACACAAGCUUUGAAGAAGCAAUGCACUAGUGCAACCUCCAAGAAGCCGAAUAAAGCAAAAUCAGUUACAUCGAAGGACCCGCAAAGUAUUGCAGCCAAGAAUCGCAGAGAAAGGAUUAGUGAGAGACUCAAGAUACUGCAGGAACUGGUUCCCAAUGGCUCCAAGGUUGAUUUAGUGACCAUGUUGGAGAAAGCAAUCAGUUAUGUCAAGUUUCUUCAAUUGCAAGUAAAGGUUCUGGCAACAGAUGAAUUUUGGCCAGUUCAAGGUGGGAAAGCUCCUGACAUUUCUCAAGUGAAGGAAGCCAUUGAUGCCAUACUGUCAUCUCAGAGAGACAACAAGUCAAGCUCAAAGCAAUGAGGAGAUGAAGAGAAUUUAAUAUAGUCCAAAAUAUUGAAUCAAAUAAGAAAUGUAUUUGAGAGCAGAGUACUGGAAUAUUUUUCUGCAUUUUGAUAUGUAAUGAAAUUAAACUGAGAAUCUAUCCACCAGUACUUUGUAUUUUUUGUUUAAGUCUUUUUUUUCUUUUUCUGAAAAAUUACUAUUGAUUCAUCUUGGAAAUUUUCAUUUCAAUAA